AUGGGCCGUGAAGAGCAGGUCGAAGAGCGCGAGGUUCUCGAGUCCAUCUUCCCUGAAGAAAUCACCGAUCUCUCCGAAACCGAGUUCCAAGUGUCCAUCACGCUCGACAUCCUCGACGAGGAAGACCAAGAAGCACCCUCGUUCAUCCUUCAGGUCCGUUACCCGGACGAAUAUCCCGAUGUUGCCCCCCACCUCGACCUGCUGGCGGCGCAGACUUGCACGCCCCAUCAACACUUUAGCAUCAGCAACGACCGCCAACAGCUCCUCGAGAGCAUACAAGAAACCAUCCAGGAGAACCUUGGCAUAGCCAUGGUAUUCACAAUUGUCUCGGCCCUAAAAGAAGCCGCCGAGCAACUCAUCCAAGACCGCAAGGACUCUGCCGCCAGAGCACGUGAGGAAGCGCUCCUAGCAGCAGAGCGGGAAGAAAACAAGAAAUUUCACGGAACACAAGUCACGCCAGAGACGUUCCUCAAGUGGCGCGAGGGAUUCCUGAAAGAGACGGAGGAGAAGGAGAGGCUAGAGGAGGAGGAGAGACUGGCGGAACUGAAAAAGGCCAAGAUCAAGGAACCUGUCAAGCUGACGGGGAAACAGCUGUGGCAGAGAGGCUUGGCUGGGAACGGAGAAGAUGAGGAGGGUGAUGAGGAAGAUGUACCGACCGACGGGGUGGGAAAGCUGGCGGUGGAGGCUUGA